CAGCCAAGAUCUACGAGACUGGGUGGGAACCUUCGGGUCGCCUAGCAGCAGCCGCCGCCGCCGCCAUCGCAGCUGAGGCUCUCCAGAGUAGACCCGCGGGAGAGGCGCGACGGCCCAGGACCUAGCCUCCUCUGGGAGCACGAGGGUAUUGAGCUGCCAUUUCCAGUCACCGGUCAGUGCAGUGCGCCAGAUCAGUAAACACAGUGAAAGAAGUCAGCAUGCUUUUGGAUUGGAAAAUGAUCUGGAGGGUUAACCCAGAUGAUUUACCUCGCCAAGAAGAAUUGGCAGAUGACUUGCUGGUUUCUAUUUCUAAGGUUGAAGUAAAAGAUCUAAAAGAUGAAAAUCAAGAAAAUGUGGUACAUCUUUUCAGAAUUACUCAGUCUUUAAUGAAGAUGAAAGCCCAAGAAGUGGAAUUAGCUUUAGAAGAAGUGGAAAAAGCUGGUGAGGAACAGGCCAAAUUUGAAAAUCAGUUAAAAACUAAAGUAAUGAAACUGGAAAAUGAGCUUGAGAUGGCACAACAAACUGCAGGAGGUCGAGAUACUCGGUUUUUGCGUGAUGAAAUCCGCCAGCUAGAGAAACAACUGGAGCAGAAGGACAGAGAAUUAGAGGAUUUGGAAAAAGAAAUGGAAAAAGAGAAAAAAGUCAAUGAACAGUUGGCUCUUCGUAAUGAAGAGGCAGAAAAUGAAAACAGCAAAUUAAGGAGAGAGAAUGAACAGCUUCGUCAAGACAUCAUUGACUAUCAGAAACAAAUAGAUUCACAAAAAGAAACACUUUUGUCCAGAAGAGGAGAAGAUAGUGAUUAUCGAUUACAGUUGUCUAAAAAGAAUUUCGAACUUGUGCAGUAUCUGGAUGAAAUUCAGAAUUUAACAGAAGCAAAUGAGAAAAUUGAAAUUCAGAAUCAAGAAAUGAGAAAGAAUUUGGAAGAAUCAGUGCAGGAAAUGGAGAAGAUGACUGAUGAAUAUAAUAGGAUGAAAAUUAUUGUGCAACAAACUGAUACUCUAAUGGAUCUGUUAAAAAAAGAAAAGGACCAUUACAGGCUUCAGGUUCAGGAACUUACAGAACUUCUGAAAGCAAAAAAUGAAGAAGAUGAUCCUGUCAUGGCAGCUGUUAAUGCAAAGGUUGAAGAAUGGAAGAAAAUUUUGGCGUCUAAAGAUGAUGAAAUAAUAGAAUAUCAACAAAUAUUACAUAAUUUGAAAGAGAAACUUAGAAAUGCUCAACUUGAUGCUGACAAAAAUAAUGUCAUGGCUCUACAACAGGGCAUACAAGAAAGAGACAGUCAAAUUAAGAUGCUUACUGAACAAGUAGAACAAUACACAAAAGAAAUGGAAACAAAUACAGUGAUUAUUGAAGACUUGAGAAAUGAACUCAGACUAAAAAGAGGUUCUUCAACUCUAUCUCAGUUGAAUCAUUUUGUAGAAAUACAAACAAAGCUUCAAAUCUUAGAAACUAAAAAUAAAGAUGCUGAGAGGGCAGCAGAGCUGGCAGAAGCUGAUGCCCGAGAGAAGGACAAAGAGCUUGUCGAAGCUCUCAAGCGACUGAAAGAUUAUGAAGCGGGAAUUUAUGGUCUAGAAGAUGCUGUUGCUGAAAUUAAGACUUAUAAGGCUCAAGUUAAAAUAAGGGAUCGAGAAAUUGAAGUAUUAACUACAGAAAUUAAUAACCUUGAAUUAAAGAUAAAUGAUUUCCUUGAUGAAAAUGAAGACCUCCGGGAACGAUUGGGUCUUGAUCCAAAGGCAAUGAUUGAUUUAACUGAGUUUAGAAAGAGCAAAAAUCUAAAACAGCAGCAGUAUAAGGCUGAAAAUCAAGUUCUUUUAAAAGAGAUUGAAAGUCUGGAAGAAGAAAGACUUGAACUGAAACAGAAGAUUCGAAAAAUGGCUCAAGAGAAAGCAAAGAAAUUUGGAACUUUAGCUUCUGGUGACAUACAUCUGACCAACAUCUUUAAUCAGGAACUAAGAAUGGAAGAAAGGAAGUCUCAACUUCUGAGUCCUGGAAAUGUUGAAGAAUUUAAAUUAAAGAUUAGAAGCACAGAUAAAAUAGAAGCACCACAUAAGAGAGCACCAUGCAGUGGUCAACAGUCAGAUCAGAAUAUUCCUGAAAGAAGCAUGAUCUUAGGAAAAUUAUCAAGCAAAAUUUCUCAGAUCCUUCAGAGUGUAGAUCAGCCUAUAAGUAAGCAUACUUUUACCGAUUUGUCAAGAGAUUCUUCACCUAUACAGAUCAGAGAUCGCAGUUCAACUCCAGAAGGUUUUACAAUUAGACAGAUCUAUAAAGCACCAUGUCUGCAGUCUACAAGAAAUUUAGAAUCAAUCAUCUGUAGGCAGAGCCAAGAAGACUCAAAUGACUAUUUGUACUCCCUUUCUGAUGACUAUCUAAAGCAAGCUUCCACAAGUCAUCAGACACUAGAGAAAACUAAAAAAAUUACACUGUCAAGAAGCUCCUUAAACUUAAUGAAGCGAGAUUUUCCUGCUGGACAGAGGCUAACACUCAGCCAGAAAUCCUCAAUAUUUUGUCAGCUUAUUCAUGAUAAAACAGCUAUUGUGGAAAAGUCACAAAUAGUGAAACCAAAGGUUGAACAACUUCCUACUUCAAGUAAGUUUUCUGAUGAUAAAAGUGAUUUGAAAGAUGAGGUAAAAAAAGAAUAUAUCCCAUUCCAAGGAAAGAUUUUGAAGAAUAAACUUGGAAAUAGUCUUCAUACUACAAAGUCUUGGCAUAGUGUAGUCACAGCAACAUCUCACCUAGAUCCUGUUGAAAACCUAAUAGAGCAGCUGCGGAAGGAACUUGUAUUUCUUAGAUCCCAGAAUGAACUGAUAUUCCAGGAUUUGUUGAUUAAAGAAGCACAAAGCAGAGAUGCAGAAUUAGAACUUCAAAGACACAGGAACCAGGCAGAGCAGAAUGAAUAUCUUUCAAAGGAGCUGAAUGAAAAAGAAAGAGAUUUGGAAAGGAAUAGAAUAGUAAUAACCAAGUUCCAAAACAAAGUAAAAGAACUUGUGGAUGAAAAAGCACAACUUGAAGAAGGUUUGAAAGAAAUAUUGCAGACUAUCAAGGAAAUGCAGAUAGAACCUGGUGGUAAAGGAGAAACACCUCUGAUCAUUCCUAGUCUUGAAAAAUUAGUUAAUGCUAUAGAAUCGAGGAAUGCUGAGGGAAUCUUUGAUGCAAACCUACAUUUGAAAGCCCAAGUUGACCAACUUAUAGGACGAAAUAAUGAAUUAAGAGAUGAACUUAAAGAAACUCAGAAAGAAGCCACAAAUUAUUCUCAAAAUUUGGCAAAAGCAAAUUUAAAGAUGGAAAAUCUUGAAAAAGAAAUCUGUCUCUUACGUGAAGCAAAGGGAUCAAAUAUUGUUUUCAAAGGAGUUGAUCUACCAGAUGGGAUGACACCAUCUAGUGCAAAUAUAAUUAAUUCUCAGAAUGAAUAUUUGAUACAUAUUUUGCAGGAACUAGAAAACAAAGAACAUAUGCUAAAAAAGUUAGAAGAUUCACUUGAAGAAUAUAAUAGGAAAUUUGCAGUCGUCCGACAUCAGCAAGGCUUGUUAUAUAAAGAAUAUCUAAGUGAAAAGAAAAUUUGGAGAACAGAAUCUGAAAAACUGAGAGAGGAGAAGAAAAAGCUUGAGGAUCAAGUUGAACAAGAUGCUGUCAAAGUAAAGGAAUAUAAUAACUUACUUAAUGCUCUCCAGAUGGAUGCUGAUGAGACAAAAAAACUCCUUUCUGAAAAUAGUAGGAAAAUCAGUGUCUUACAAGUUAAUGAAAAGUCUCUGAUAAGGCAAUAUACAACUUUAAUGGAAAUGGAACGGCAUUUAAGAAAAGAAAAUGGUAAACAGAAGAAUGAACUGAUAGCCAUGGAGGCUGCAGUUGGAGACAGGAUUGGCCAUUUACAACAGUUUAAGGAAACAGCCAUUUUCAAGAUUGCAGCACUCCAAAAACUUAUAGACAAUAGUGUCCCUCUCUCGGAACUUGAAUUGGCCAAUAAGCAAUAUAGUGAACUGACUGCUAAGUAUAGGGACAUGCUACAAAAAGAUAAUAUGCUUGUCCAGAGAAUGAUUAGUUUGCAGUUCUUGGAGUGUGAAAAUACAUCUCUGAAAGAACAAAUAGAUGUUAUAAGUAAGGAACUGGAGAUCACCAAGGAAAAAUUUCAUACUCUAGAACAAGCAUGGGAACAAGUCACUAAAUUAGAAAGUGAAUCGACCAUGGAUAAAGCUCAAAAAGCUUUAACAAACAGUGAGAUUGUGUCCAUUUCAAAAAAGAUUACAAUGCUGGAAAUGAAGGAAUUGAAUGAAAGACAGCGGGCUGAACAUGCUCAAAAAAUGCAUGAGCACUUACGGACUUCAUUAAAACAAGUGGAAGAACGUAAUUUGGAACUGGAAACCAAAUUUUCUGAGCUUACUAAAAUCAACUUGGCUGCACAAGAAGUAGAGAAAACCUUAAGAGAUGAACUGGCUGAGAGUGUGAGUAAGGAAGUGAGUGAUGCUGAUAGACAACGGAUUCUAGAGUUAGAAAAGAGUGAAAUGGAAUUGAAGGUAGAAGUGUCCAAACUGAAGCAGAUUUCUGAUAUAGCCAGGAAUCAAGUUGAAGCUCUAAAUUCACAUCAGCAAUCCAGAGAAAAGGAGGUGGAAUCUCUGAGAAUGCAAGUAUUAGACUACCAGGCACAGUCAGAUGAAAAAGCCCUUAUUGCCAAGUUGCAUCAGCAUAUUGUUGCAUUGCAAAUUAGUGAAGCUACUUCUGUUACCAAGUUGGAAUCAGUAACUUCCCAGCUGCAGAAGAUUGAGACUUACAACUUGCGUCUUGAGCAAAAGCUUGAUGAGAAGGAGCAGAGUCUGUAUUUUGCCCGUCUGGAAGGGAGAAAUAGAGCGAAGCAUCUGCGCCGCACCAUUCAGUCUCUGCGACGACAGUUUAGUGGUACCCUGCCCUUGGCGCAGCAAGAAAAAUUUUCCAAAACAAUGAUUCAGCUACAGAAUGACAAACUACAAGUCAUGCAAGAAGUUCGGACUUGUCAGGAAGAGCGCCGAAACAUGGAAAACAAAACACUGGAGCUGGAAUUAAAAUUAAAAGGCCUUGAGGAGCUAAUAAGCACAUUAAAGGAUGCCAGGGGAGCCCAGAAGGUAAUUGAUUGGCACAUGAAAAUGGAAGAACUUCGUCUCCAAGAGCUCAAAUUAAAUAGAGAAUUAGUCAAAGAUAAAGAAGAAAUGAAAUAUUUGAAGAAUGUGAUUUCCGAAUAUGAACGCACAAUUAGCAAUCUAGAGGAAGAAAUUGUGCAACAGAACAAGUUUCAUGAAGAACAGCAAAUGGCCUGGGAUCAAAGAGAGGUUGAGCUAGAACGCCAACUGGACAAAUUUGAUGGACAACAGAAUGAAAUAUUGAGUGCAGCUCGAAAGUUUGAAGAGGCUACAGGAUCAGUACCGGACCCCAGUUUGCCUCUUCCAAAUCAACUUGAGAUAGCUUUGAGAAAAAUCAAAGAGAAUGUUCGAAUAAUCAUAGAAACACGUGCAACUUGUAAAUCAUUGGAGGAGAAACUGAAGGAGAAAGAGUCUGCCUUGUGGGAAGCAGAGCAGAAUGUUUUAUCAAGAGACAAAAUAAUCAAUGAACUUAGACUCCGAUUGCCUGCGACAAAAGAACGAGAGCAGCUCAUGGCUGAGCUAAGUAGAAAGGAAGAGGAGCCAGAGAGCCAGCGGGCUCUGAAGGUCGCUCACCAGACUAUCGCCAACAUGCAAGCAAGAUUAGAUCAAAAGGAAGAGGUAUUAAAGAAGUACCAACAUCUCCUAGAAAAAGCCAGAGAGGAGCAAGGAGAAAUUAUCAAGAAGCAUGAGGAAGAUAUUUUUAUUCUUCAUCAAAAAUUAGAUCAUCAGGCUGACAGUUCACUUAGCAAAUUCAAAAAAACAGCCAUGGAGUUAAUGAAACAGCCUUCUGUACCAGUUGCUACCAACAAGCAUUUCAUGCGUCUGGCAGAGAUGGAGCAAACAGUUGCAGAACAAGAUAAUUCUCUUUGUUCACUUUUGACCAAAAUGAAGAAAAUGACACAUGAAAUAGACAUGCAAAAGCAUAUCACUUUAAUGAAAGUCAAAGAAUUUGAAAGCACCCGAGCUCAACUUGAAGAAAACCAUGCAGAGGUUGUGAAAAGCCUGCAUGCUGAGAUAGAAGACUUAAAGUAUUCUAUGUGCCAGACAGAGAAAGAACUGCAGUACUUUAAAUCUGAAGUACAGAUUCAGAAAGAAGCCAACGCAAGAGCUCCAACAGCCACCAUGAAAAAUUUAGUAGAACGGCUCAAGAGCCAAUUAGCCUUGAAAGAGAAACAGCAAAAAGCCCUUAGUCGAGCACUUUUGGAGCUUCGAGCAGAAAUGACAGCUGCUGCUGAAGAACGCAUACUUCUUUCUACAUCCCAGAAAGAGUCAAAUCUCAAUGUUCAACAGAUUAUUGAUCGCCAUACUAGAGAUCUCCAGGUUCGUAUAGAAGAUUUAAGUGAAAAUCUUCUAAAAUGUAAAGAAGCUCUUAAAACAAGUAAAAGCAGAGAGAACACUUUGAGCAAUCAGUUGGAUGAGUUAAACAACGAAAUGCAGAAAAAACAGAAAGCUUAUAAUAAAAUACUUAGAGAAAAAGAAGAAUUAGAAAAAGAAAAUGAAGAACUGAAAAGGCGAAUUAAAAGAUUAACCAGUGGAUUACAGAGCAAGCCUCCUGGAGAUAACAAACAGAGUCUGAUUGAUGAACUUCAAAAGAAAAUUAAAAAUUUAGAAAGUCAACUGGAAAGAUUUAGUGAUGAAACAGAAAGGAAAGAAAAGAACUGUCAAGAAGAAUUAAUUCGAUGGGAAGAAGGUAAAAAAUGGCAAGCUAAAACUCAAGGGAUGCGAAAUAGGUUGAAAGAAAAAGAAAAAGAAGUGGAUACCUUAACCAAGCAGUUGAAUACUAUGAAAGAACUUUUGACAAGGUCUGAUAAAGAUAAAAUCACAUUACAAAAGAAACUAAAAACAAGUGGUGUAACUGCUGAUCGUGUUAUUGGAGCACAUGCUUUGGAUUUAGAAAAAGAAUUAGAAGAACUUAGAAAAACGAAUAUUGCACUAGAAAAUGAAAUAGGUUAUAUGAGGACCCAGCAAGCUCUUCCCAGAGAUUCUGUUAUUGAAGACUUACAUUUACAAAAUAAAUACCUUCAGGAUAAGCUUCAUGCUUUAGAAGAACAAAUUUCAAAAAAAAAUGCGUUUUCUAAGUCUUCAUUGUGUCCAGCCUAUGACAUAACCACUCUCUCCUCCCCUGCUACCAAAACUAAUAAACACAAGCAUAUUGUAUUUCCCCAAAAGAACAAUUUACUUGGGAACAAAAAAAGGGGGAAGAAAAUAGUUGGCCAUAAAAGCUUUGAGAAUCGACACUGUCAGAUAACCAGAAAUGGUCUGCCCUCUAGUCAGUGUAUUGAUGCAGGCUCUCAGUCAGAUGAGACUCUGGCAACUGCUAAUUCAGAGUACUCCAAGCCCAGAGCGUGCAAUCAGUUGAAUCCAUCCUGGCAUACUGAGUCUGGGCCAGAAGAUAAUACACCUUAUUUUGAAAGUGGACCAGAUGGAGAGGAGGAGGGACUGAAUCAGGGCUAUUACAAAAAUGGAAGCAGAGUCCAUGAAAAUCAAGAAGAGCAAAAAGGAAGAAAGACUGAAUGUGGACAAGGAAACCUAGCAAAUAUGAGAGACAAAAGUCUAUUGAAUCUAGAGGAACCUGCCAAUGGAGAGCUUAAAAAUGCUAGUGUGAAUGAGAGUGUAAAUCCACAUGCUGAAGAAAACACACAGGCAGAAAACAAUCCUGAGUGGAUCGGAGUAACCAAAACGUCGGCUGAGGAAACUGCCCAGGCAACAGAAUUGGGAUCAGAUGAUCAGUCUAGCAGAGAACAGGAACUUCAGAAGGAAUACCUGAAAGUCUCAUCUGAAAACAUUGAAUUGAGAUUUCAACUUGAACAAGCAAAUAAAGAUUUACCAAGGUUAAAGAGUCAAGUAAGUGAUAUGAAAGAAAUGUGUGAACUUCUGAAGAAGGAGAAAACAGAAAUUGAGAAAAAACUUGGCCGAGUUAGAGGGUCUGGAAGAAGUGGCAAGACAGUUCCUGAACUAGAAAAAACAAUUGGUUUAAUGAAAAAAGUUGUGGAGAAAGUCCAGAAAGAAAAUGAAUAUUUGAAACGAGCAUCAGGAAUAAUGACAAGUGAGAAAAUGUCCACACUUGAGCUUGAAAAUCAAAAUCUAAAGACUGAAUUAGAAAAACUGAAGCUUCAUCUUGGACGUCAAUUGAGCAUGCAAUAUGAGUUUAACGCUAAAGGCUCGGAGAAUAUUAUGGUUGAAAAUGAAAAGCUUCAUAAAGAACUUAAAAAAAAGGUGGAGUCUGCUGAGGCACUUCUGGUGGAGAAAAAUGACUUGGAAGCCUCGGUCAAGAAGCUGACGGCCCAGCUGCAGGAGAUGAGUAAGAGAUCACAUCCCAUCGACUGUGGCAGCCCCCAGCCAGAAGGGGCUGAAAGCGGGAGAUUGAAACCAGCCACUGAAACAAGAACAAAUGAAAUCAAAGUGAGCGAGGUGCAGAGUGAGAGUGAGCAAAAGCACCAACUCAGGGAAGCAACAGAAAGAGAGGAGGAAAUCAUGAAAUACAAUCAGGACCUAGAAGAGCAGACUGAAAUUCUCAAAAAUUUUCCAGAAGGUAGCCACCAAGAGCAAAGCCUUAGGAGAGAGCUGCAACAUAUUAGGUUAAUCAUUGAUCACCUGGAGAAGAAAAAGGCCGGAUUAGCUCAAGUAGGAAGUAGUCAAGAGAAAAUCAGAGAUUUUGAAAAAACAAAGCUUCCACAGACAUCUCUAACUUCAGAUCCAGAGAAGCAGCAGUUGAAGGAAGAAAAUAAAAAGCUUAAAAAAGAACUGGAGAAUUUUGAUCCCUCAUUUUUCGAAGAAAUUGAGGACAUGAAGUACAAUUACAAAGAAGAAGUUAAAAAAAAUAUUAUUUUGGAAGAGAAGUUGAAACAACUUUGUGAACAGUUCCAUGUUGAACUAGAGACUGGAGCUAGUGUUUCUGGACAGUUGGAAGCUGAAAUGGAUAGCACUAAUAACUUAUCUAUCUACUGAGGGUCUGUUUCCAACCUCAACUUUAACCAACUAUUUUCUAUUUUAUAGAAGUUGUAGUAAUUAAAUUACAUCUAGUUUAGGAAUUGUAUAAUUUCAAGCAAUUGAAUUUUAGUUAGUGAAUAAAGUUUAUAUUUAUAUGAAAUUAUAUUUGACUUAUUAGGGAAACAGAUUUUUUAAAAAAUUUAACAGAUGUGUAUUUCUGUGUUAGAAGUUGUCUGUUCCUCAUCCUUUUUAUGAUUAGUUUUCCAAAACAAUCAUAAUGUUCUUUAAAUUGUAAUAUAUUAAAUGUUGAACUGAACCAUGUAAGGGAGGUUUAUAGGCAAGUAACAAGAGUUAAACAAUCAAAAGUUAAAGUUUGAUCCAUGGUGAUGCUUAAGUGAGAUUGGUUAGUUUUUCCACUCAAUUCCCAAGUAAUGUGCUACUACAGAAAAGGUCUGAAGUUGAUAGCUAACAACAUUCAUGGCUUAACUUUCUGAAUAAAUGAUACAAAAAUU